AUGGAUUCUACGAUUUCUGUGUCCAAGGGAUGUUUUGUCUUUAAAAAACCAAACAAGGAAAAGAAUAAAAGAAAAAGCAAAAGCAAGAAACAAUUGACAACCAAUCAACCAGAAUCUGAGUUGUGGCAUACUACAUACAUUGAUAUUUGGAAUGAUGUUAAAUCUAAAAUUGAUGAUUUAACUGGAUCAAUAUACUCCAAGUUUAUUUCAGAAACUGUAGAUUUCUUGACAACGUCAAACAUCACUACAAAUCAAUAUAUUCCAACAGCAUGUUUACUUACAGGAGUGAAUUUACCAGAUCAUGAAUCACUAUUUGGAUUAUUAGCAACCAAUUUAGAAAAAUCUCAGCCGCCUGUUAUUGUUGCAACAUUAUUUUCUGAGCACUUUUCUAGUGUUAAAAAUGCAGUUAUAAGUAUGGUGUCACAGUUGUUGAACCCAAAUGAUGAUGAUUCCGAUUUUGAUGAGGAAAUGGAUGAAAGCUUAAAUGCUGUUGUUAAACGAUCUGAAUGUACUAUAUCUACAUUAAUUGAAUGGUAUAGUCAUCAACCAACUGGAACUCGUGUAGCAAUUCUGGUAAAAGAUUAUGAAAUGUGUCAACAAACAGCCUUACAAAAUUUCAUCUUACUUUUAAGUUGCUAUAUAAAAGAAAUUCCAAUAGUAUUGGCUAUUGGUAUUGCAACUUCUAUAUCAAACUUACACAAUUCUCUCCCUCAUCACGUGGUUACUAAACUUAAAGUGAAAAUGUUUGUUAGUGAGGCAUCUGUAGUUUUUUUAAAUAACAUCAUGGAUCAGGUAUUUUUAAAGCCAGACUGUUCAUUCUACUUGGGCGGGCGUAUUUUAGAAUAUGUGACUGAAGUAUUUUUAUACUAUAAUUUUUCUAUUAAACAGUUUAUAGAAAGUCUCAAGUUUUGCCUCAUGGAACAUUUUUAUCUUAAGCCUCUUAAUUGCAUAUGUGUGGCUCAUGAAUCAGCACAAGGAGCUUUGUUUGAUUCUUUAGAUAAAAAAACACUAGAAGAAAUUACUAAACUGCGUUCAACAAAUUAUAAAUACAAAAUUGACAACAAUUUUAAAGAAACUUUUCUUCAAUUAAUUAGAGAAUUGAAAGCUUGCAUUGAUGAUUUUCAUAUUGGACUAAGAGUAUUACACAUUUUAGUGGUGGACUUACCACAUUCACCAUUAGGAACUCAACUCAGAGAAAUGUAUAGCACUGCAAUGAAGAAACACAUCAUUGACAAUACAUCAUUUAAAAUGUGUUUACAAUUAUUAAAAUUUUUAUCUAAAGAUGAUUUACUUGCAAAAUUUGACAAGAUAAUUCAUGUUUUCAAGAAUAUAAAAAAUAAUGAACGGGCAAAAACUGCUAUAAAAUUAGUUCAAGGAUAUGUGAAACGUUUAGAAGAGUCCCAUUUAAAUAAUUUAGUUAUUGUAGAAGAUAAACCUCAAGAGAAACCUAAAGACAAUUUACAAGCUAUAUCAAGAUCACAGUUUAAAAGAAAACUUAUAGACAAUGUUAAACUUGAAGAUACCCGGCCAAUGACUGAGUUUGAAAAAGCACGUUCAGAAACUUUAGAUAAUUUAACGGAAGUAAUAUUACGGUGUUUUCUUGUACCUCCAACCACCAUGCCUUUAAAUGAAUUGUUGAUAUUUGAUGAUUUGCCAUCAAUUAGGCGCAAGAUUGUUGGAGAAGACAGAGCUGCUCAAUAUACAGCAUUUGUCAAUCCUCAACACUAUCUUGAUUGUGAUUGCUGUGAAUUGGAAUUUACAGAACAAAUAUUUAAAACCAUGCCAGAUAUAUCUAUUGUAUACAAAUUACAUUUAGAGUCAAGGUUUGACCAGAUUAACAUAUAUGAUUGGUUACAGAAAUUUAUUUCAAUUGUUGGUCCCGACCAAAACGACGAUGACAAUGAUGACGAUAUAGAUCCAGUAUUACAAUCUCGAUUUGUACGAGCUGUAAAUGAAUUGCAGCAUUUAGGGUACAUACGACCGUCUAAGUACAAAGCAGAUCAUGUGCAGCGCCUUACAUGUGGAUCUUGCUAA